UUCGUAUUAAAUGAAAUUGCUCCACACCCUGGGUACUGGUACCCUACACGGAGUUGCUUAGCGGGACACAAGGAGGGUAAUCUUGUGCCCAUCAACCCAGUAGAGCUAGUACCCAGUUUUCUGAGUUUUUAAGGACCGGCCUCAGAGCUGAGAUACGUUGUUGUUGUCUGUGGUGGUUGAAAUCAGCUGUGAGGCCUUUCGUUAUUGAUAACUUAUGAAAGUCAGAUCGGAUUCUCUAAUCGCCUUCUAUUAGGAAUGCCAGUUCAAAACGAUAUGCCGCCGCCAGCGGGUUAUGGACUGGGGAAUGCCGUAUGUGCCGUUUGUCAAGAAAGUUUUGGGGUUGACGAGCGAAUGGUAAAUUCCAAUGGUCAAAUUCUACACGAACGCUGUUUUGUUUGUGUGCAAUGCUUCCAGCCAUUUCCUGAUGGCUUGUUUUACGAGUAUGAUGAACGAAGAUAUUGUGAAGAAGACUUCCAGACUUUGUUUGCUCCUUGUUGCAAACAGUGUGGUAAGUUUGUGGUUGGACGUGUUAUAAAGGCAAUGCAAGCUAAUUGGCAUCCUGAUUGCUUCCGUUGUGAAAUCUGUAAUGAUGGACUGGCAGACUCUGGCUUUGUCAAGAAUGCAGGCAGGGCACUAUGCAAGAAAUGUAAUGCAGAUGAAAAGACUAAGAAAACGGGACGAUAUGUGUGUCGCAAGUGUCAUACUUACAUUCCCGAGGGACAGCAUCUGAUGUACAUGGGUGAGCCUGUUCAUCCAUGGCAUUACAACUGCUUCUCGUGCAAUAAAGAGCUGGACCAUCUAUGUCGCAAGCGAGACACAGAGUUGUAUUGUUUAAGAUGCCAUGAUAAAAUGGGGACACCGAUCUGUGGUGCUUGUAGGCGACCUGUUGAAGAGCGUGUGGUACAUGCCCUCGGAAAAGCUUGGCAUGUAGAGCACUUUGUAUGUGCCAAGUGUGAGAAGCCUUUCUAUGGACAUCGUUACUAUGAAAGGAAGGGACUGGCCUACUGCGAGACUCACUAUAAUGAGUUGUUUGGUGAUGUAUGCUUCGAAUGCAACAAAGCUAUUGUUGGAGAUGUGGUGAAUGCCCUUCACAAGUGCUGGUGUGUUCAGCAUUUCACUUGCAUUGGAUGCAACAUCUCUUUAAAUCUCAAGAGCAAAUUUCAUGAAUUUGACAUGCAGCCACUGUGCAAGAAGUGCUAUGAGAAGAUGCCUCUUGAGCUUAAAAAGAGAUUGAAGAAAGCAGAGCAAACAGCCAGUAGAAAGUAGCAGCCUGAAGACUGAACGCUUUUGUGUCCUAGCUAUUUCAUUAUAUGUGUACUUGCCAGUAGUGUCAAAGAAGGUCAAACCUGCAGACCACUUUAUGACACCUGGCAGAAUAAUUUGAGCUAUUACAAACAAACUAAACCCUAUAACUCUCAUCAGUGACCAAGACACAGUUUCUCGUUACAAUAUCAUUACAAUAUCAAGCAGACAAAUGACAAGAAUAAAAAAAAAUA